CACUUCUCCAUCCCUUUGCUCUUCGACUCGCUUCCCCCGCAGCGUGUUGUUCUCCGACAGCCGGAGGGACAUCGAAGGGGUCAUGCCACUCAAAGUCGUGCUGCACGGCCCGGCCCCCUGGGGGUUCCGCCUGGCCGGAGGAAAGGACUUCAGCCAGCCCCUGACCAUCUCCAGGAUCACCCCCGGCAGUAAGGCCGCCGUAGCCAACUUGUGUGCCGGAGACGUGAUCCUGGCCAUCGAGGGCGUCCAGGCCACGGACCUGCUGCACUGCGAAGCCCAGAACAAGAUCAAAGAGUCCACCCGUCAGCUCAGCCUGACUAUUGAAAGGAAUGAAUCCAGACUGUGGUCCCCACGUGUCGUGGAGGAGGGUAAAGCUCUCCCGUAUAAGAUGAACCUCGAAGCAGAACAGCAGGAGUUUAAACCCAUCGGCACGGCUUACAACCGGAAAGCUCAGCCGUUUGUCGCGGCGGCGAACAUCGACGACACGCACCAGGUGGUCAGCAGCGCCUACAACACCCCGAUAGGCCUCUACUCCUCAGGCAACAUCCAGGACGCCAUGGAGGGCCAGAUCCGAGGCCUGGUUCUCCCCAAGGCCGACAGCACCAGGAUUUUGGCCAACAUCGAGGAUUCUGACGUGUACCAGAUGUUACAGAGAGACCAUGAGGAACCCCAAGAGCCGCGGCAGUCCGGCUCGUUCCGAGCGCUGCAGGACUUUGUCGACAGCGACGGCACUCGUCCCAUUAUGACCAGGAUGGUGAAAGCACCGGCCACCAAACCCACUGCGCCCACAGGAAACCUGCAGAAACUGCCCAUCUGCGACAAGUGUGGGAAUGGGAUUGUCGGGACGGUGGUCAAGGCGCGAGACAAAUACCGUCACCCCGGUUGCUUUGUGUGCUCCGACUGUGACGUCAACCUCAAACAGAAGGGCUACUUCUUCGUGGAGGGGAAGCUGUACUGUGAGACUCACGCUCGCGCUCGCAUGAGACCACCGGAGGGCCACGACGUCAUCACGACCUUCCCCUCUGCGUAGACCCACAGCGAACACUCAGACAUAGGAACACACACCUCUGUGUCCCAAUUCUGGUGUGUGUGUGUGUGUGUGUGUGUCUGCACUUGUUUAUCUGAUGUUGUCUGUGUGCAAUAAUAUAUACAUCGAUAAAUACACUUUACUUUCUAAUGUUUGCAGCGUGAUGUUUUCUCUGUGUAGGAACGCUUCACAGUUUUUGUUUGUUUGUUUGUUUGUUGUUAGACUUGCCGGUUUCUCGCCAUUUGUUGUCUUUGCAAUAAAGAGCUUUGCUCACACUGACUCGUA